CAAUUUGCUGGGACCGUUGGAAUUUUGACCACUUUCACCUGCUGCACCUGAGACCUACAGACUGCAGACUGCAGACAGACUGCAUCCACUGUCCUGUCCUGUCCUGACCUGUACUGUACUCAUCACGCACUAGUUCAUCGCCACCGCUACUCCCGCGAUCGUGCAUCGCGAACGACCUGCUCUCAGAGCGUGAGCCAACUUCGAAGUGCUGUUCGGCCGGGCGAUUCAAUGCGUGCGCCCCAACUCUCCCACGUCGCGAGCAGAGAGCGAUAGCGAUGAACAGAGACGGGCCAGUCUCAAUGGCUCGCAAAUCCAUCUGCUUCCCUCACCAUGGCACUCGAGACAUCCUGCAGUAUGGAGACCCAGGCUUCCAAGAAGAAAACUGCAGAUGGUAUUCUACGGCAGAGAGCAAUGCACUUGAAAAGCUCAUCACGCUGAAGAGAGAGCUGCGCAAGCUCUCCCAGGAGGACUUUUGGGCGGGCGUGACUGAAGGACUCUCCGACCUCCUCGGUGCAGACAUCUGCUUUGUGAUGAAGAGGGUCUUGGUGGAUGAGCAGGAGGCCCCGGUCGAGAUGCCUCCCAUAGGUGAACCAGGAUCGUGCCUGAUGGCCGCGGCUCUGCAUUACCACGCCAAUGAUGGCACCAAAAGUACGGUGCGGUCGGCAAAGUUCCAUGCAUAUGGAUGUCCAUGCGCGUACAUGCGGCACGACAAAGUGUUUGCCAUACCGGAGAGGCUGAAUGAUUUCAUCACGAAUAAUCCGAACAAGCUCCCGACACCGUGUGAAGCAUACAUGGCUUUGCCGCUGUUUGAUGGUGAUAAGUGCUUUGGGCACUUCGGAGUCAUGUGGUCUGUCGAGGGCGCGGCACAACGAGAGCUGUCAUGGGCUUCCAUUGAAAUGCUUAUGCACUCCCUAGAAGACAUGAUCAGCGCAAGGUUCGUCGAGGGCGCCAACUUCAUUGCCCAAGCGAAGCCCACUGCUUUGGAGAAGAGUCGCGUGAUCCCCCACGAUGCCGUGAGUGUGGCGCAGUCACUUCGACCAUAUGCUGGGAGCCUAUCGCACGAACUGAGGACGCCCAUGCAAGGCAUUGUUGGUAUGCUGGAUGUGAUGUACACCACUGUUGAAGAGUGUGCAGACUCAUCACGGGACCCCAGUCUGAAAUCCGUGUUUGAGCAGCUCAAGCUAAACAUUGAAACGGUGCAAGACAGCUCGCGAAGAGCAGUCGAGGCAGCAGACAAUGUCGUGCACGCCUACGAUAUGGACAUGGCAGUCCCUGACGCUCCUGCCCAUCUCCUGGAGGAGCCGAGCGAAUCAUUUUCUCCUGGUGCAGCGACAGCCGACAAGAGGCCUGAUAUCCUCGUAGCCGGUUCCAAUCUUCCACUCCACCGACCUAAGAAACGCCGGCGCGAUGAUGCGUUCGGCCACGGCUCACGGAACACCAGCGAUGCAAGUCUGCACAGCCCCAAGUUUCCGAAGCUGACCAGAACGCCAUCGGCAUGUGCCCGCUGCGCAGGCGACAGCCAAGAGGUCAAGACCGGUCUACUCGAAGCUGAAAAUGUCCAAAAGCUCUGCGAGAUUGGUGCAGCGCCGAUGGAGGAUGUCGUCCAGAACACGACUGUAUCUAGCCGCAUCAUUGCGCCCGGUCUUCGCCAUACCGGCUUGCGAGAGCUCAUACAAUAUGUAAUCAAUGAAGGUCUCAAAGUCGGUGGUCGACCCGAUUCUGCAAUUUCGCAGGACACCGAGACUGGCGAGAUCAUCGAAGUACGCAACAGAGGAUCCGAUGGUGCGCUGGGACAGAAGACGAUUGAGUGGAGUGUCGAUCCUGCAGUGCCCAUCACAAUGUUCAUUGACGAGAAAGACCUGAGCAAGCUAAUAUCCUGUGUGUUCCUGAACGCUCUCAAGUUCACGGACAAAACAGAGGGACAUAUCAAGGUCGUUGCGAAGAUGAGCAGAACGAAUAGGUUCAUUUCCAUCAAGAUUUCGGACAAUGGCCCUGGAAUCCCUUCGGCUUUCCUUCCUCAUCUCUUCAAGCCUUUUUCACAGCAGAAUGGCUCCAUCACGCGUUCGAGUGAGGGUCUAGGUCUGGGACUCCUGGUUGCAAAGGGCAUAGCGCGCAAACUGGGAGGCGACCUCAACUGUACCAAGGCCGAAACGGAAGGCUCCAGUCAUGGCUCCGAGUUUGAGAUCAAAGUACCACUUCACGCUGGAGAGACGAUCAGUAGAUCGGGCUCACCUUUUGGCUCGCCACUUCCUCGCAAGGCGCCCCUGACCAACGGAGAUACACCUCACAUCAAGCCACUUUCUGCAGCACCAAGCAGUCCGCGCACACUGUCACGCGCGCUGCACGAAGCAGUCGGCCAAGGGUCGAAGUUCUACAGCCAGCAGGGAUCGCAUCUGCAUCUGCGGAUGCCUAGUUCUCCGUCAUCACCACAGUUGAUCAUUUCGAACGCAUCAUUACAUGACGCUGUCAUCUUGGCCGAAAGCGACACUUCUUCUUCUUCUUCUGGAACAUCUCCCACCACCACAUCCACUCCUGAUAUUGAUGUUUUACGAUCACGUGCUCAUGUUCGCAAAUCUGUGUGUGGACCCACUAUCGAUCGCGAACUGUCCAAGAAGUACCCUCUGACUUUCCUCGUGGCCGAAGACAACAAGAUCAAUCGAAAGCUCCUAGUCAGUAUGCUCGGCAAAUUCGGCUACGAACGUAUCUAUGAAGCGCACGAUGGCACCGACGCAGUGCGACAAAUGGAUCUGGUAGCCACCGAGAGACGGACACCAGUCGAUGUGAUUUUGAUGGAUUUGUGGAUGCCUUUGAUGGACGGUUACGAAGCCACCGAAAGAAUCCUCAGCAGGCCCGGGCUCAACGACGCUAGAAAACCUACUGUACUUGCUGUCUCUGCAGAUGUUACAGAUGGUGCUCUAGAGCGUGCUGCACAGGUGGGCAUGAAAGGGUUCAUGACGAAACCUUUUAAGCUGCAUGACUUGCAACGCUUGAUUGUUGAAUUCUGCACUGCACACCUCACCGAGGAGGGCGAAAAUGCCUUGUGAACUAAUGAUGGGCUUUGCACGUGGGACCGACGCCCCCAACGGACCUUGAAAUGAUGAAACAUGAAACGUCCCCCCUGGCGUGUGCAUAUGGGAAAAUGCCGAAGUAUGGCGUUCCUCUAAUGGCAGAUCUUGGAACCUCCGAAACAGAUGACACGAUCCAGAUUCGGCGGAGGCUGGAAGGGCAUUGGGCCAACGGAUUGAUGUGGUGUGCAUUCCAUCCAACCACCGCACUACACUACAAAUGACGAAAGAUAUACAUGAAGCGUAUGAACGAACACAAUGAACGAAAACAUGAAUACCCGUGUGGGAUUAGCACCGCGUAGAAGACGCAUUAUACAUUGUACAGGUUGUUUUGGACGUUUUUAUUUUUUUUUUUCUUUUUUCAGAAAUAUAGAUGAGAGAGAGACAUUGAACAAACGAGUGAGAGUACCUAAGAGAGAUACAGAGGCAGAGUAAGAGAGAGUAAGAGACAGAGAGAGACAGAGAGAUACCCCUACUAGAUAGCGAGCGUUACAUGUAGUUUUGACUUAGUAGUAAUUAUCUCUAUA